GUGGUCCCAACCCAGCCCCGCAGAGAAGGCAGUGCACAAAGCCUCCUGUGUCAGGACCGAACUGCUGAGAGGCCAGCGGAGUUCUCUUGUUUGGGCUGAGGCCAGGUCCUGGGAGGAGAGAUGCUGUAGGGAGGUGUUUGCAUGUGGGACACGGCACAGCCUGGUCCUCUCCCACAGUUGGGAGGGGCCAGAGCCCGAGGACGGCGGGGCUGGUCUGCUGCAGAGGUCAUCUGACUGGCUGUUCAGCUUGGGCGGCACAAGCCGCUGUCCUGUCCCAGGCCACACUGGAGCUGGUGCCCACACAAGGCACCACACCAGGCUCUGACGACACCCACUUCGCCCCCAGCACCUCUGGGUACCCAUGUACCCACAAGAACACACACUCACCUCAGCUCAGAGACUGCAGCUGCUGACCUAAAGAUUCCAGCGGGAAACUCCGAGGGUGAAAGGCACGCAGCACAGCGGUGGGAGCUGACGGGCAGGGCAGCCAGUAGCACCAUGUCUGUGACCCACGGGAAGAUGGGACUCUCCUUGACUCAGGAGAUCCUCAGUCACCUGGGCCUUGCCAACAAGACUGCAGCUUGGGGCACCCUGGGCACCCUCAGAACCUUCUUGAGCUUCAGUGUGGACAAGGAUGUACAGAGGCUGCUGAAGGCCAUAGCAGGCCAAGGUGUGGACUGUAUUGCCAUUCUGGACGUGCUGACCAACCGGAGCCGAGAGCAAAGGCAGCUCAUCUCUCGAGCCUUCCACGAACGCACCCAGCAGGACCUACUGAAGUCCUUGCAGGCAGCACUCUCUGGCAACCUGGAGAGGAUCGUGGUUGCUCUGCUGCAGCCUGCAGCCCAUCUUGAUGCCCGGGAAUUGAGGAAAGCCUUGAAGGGCUCAGGUUCUGCUGAAGAUGUGGCCUUGGAAAUUCUUGCCACCCGAACCCCACCCCAGCUGCGGGAGUGCCUGGCAGUCUACAAACACAGUAAGGGUGUGGAGGAUGGAGCUCUAAGAGCUGGACAGGACAGUCCUGUCUCCCCUGCACUCCCUGCAGGGAGCCCUGUGGGAGCCUGUCUGCCUCUUGUUCCCUUGGGGUCUCUCCUCCUCCCCCACCGCCGGGCUCAGUCUCCCCAGGGAGACAGCCAGUUGUCAUCAUUAAAGAGAGAGAAGCAAUCAUUAACCGUCGUAGUCUGGGGCUCCAGGGUGGAUCCUGAGGUAAUGACAAGGUUGAGCCCUGUGACAGUCCCAAGGGCACCCAAGUCACCUUCCCAGCCCCUUGCUGAUUCUGCCAUCACACCACAUCCCAGGCUGAAUGGACGCUCGAUGCAGCCAGGGGGAAAGGUGGGGACCUGCUCUCGUAGGUGUCAAUUCUCGGCCCCUGGCUGCUGUCCCUGCAGUGACUGCCACAUGCCUCACCCACUAAUUGAUUUCCAAGUGGAUGCUGCGGAGGACAUCAAGUCUGAGACCAGAGGCAUCUUGCGGGACUUGCUCCUGGCCCUGGCCAAAGGAGGGCGCGAGGCCUACACUGGAAUCAUUGACUAUAACCUGGCUGCACAGGACGUCCAGGCAUUAAAGCAGGCUGAAGGACCCAGCACAGAGAGGAUGUGGGUCCUUGUCUUCACCCAGCGCAAUUCCGAACACCUCGUCCGAGUGUUGAACCAGUACCAGCGGGACACAGGGCGUGAGUUGGAGAAGACUGUCCGGGCCCGUUUCCACGGAGCCGCCUGCGUGGCUCUGCUCAGCCUAGCCUUGGUGAUUCGAAACACACCCCUGUACUUUGCUGAUAAACUUCAUCAAGCCCUCCAGGAGACUGAGCCCAAUUACCAAGUACUGAUGCGCAUCCUUAUUUCUCGAAGUGAGACUGAUCUUCUAAGUAUCCGAGCCGAGUUCAGAAAGAAAUAUGGGAAGUCCCUCUACUCUUCCCUCCAGGAUGCAGUGAAAGGGGACUGCCGGUCAGCCCUACUAGCCCUGUGCAGGGCGGAAGACCUUUGAGACCUCAUCUCCGCAUGACGUUCAAGGAUCUGAGAUUCUCUUGUUUGGCUGAGCCUGCAGGAGACCAGCUGGGCCUCCAAAUAAGAUAACCCCUCACUGAGCACCACAUGUUCCAGCUUCUUGUUGAGGCCAGAACUCAAAGUUUCUUUUAAAUUCCUUCACUUCUCUCAUCUCAAAGUGAUGUCUGCACCUGGGUCCCCUAGCUCUGUCCUGGGUGUGCAAAAUGAGAUCGCUUGGAUAGUUUCUGUCCUAUUCAUUCUUCCUGAAUUCUGGCCAGAACAUCUCGCUAAUGCUUGAUUUCUUUUGGCAAACUUCACUGUCAUUUGUGUUCCCUGAUUGAAGUUUGGGUGGAGCAGGACACUGGCUGGGAGGAGGCUUUGAAGUUGGAGGUGCCUUUGAUGUGCACUUGGAUAUUCAACAGGAGUCCUGUUUGAGGCUCUAAACUGCAGUUGUCAA